AUGGACUCUAUGGACGGCUGGGAGGACAGUACGAUGCGGAGGAACCCGUACGAAGACUCCGUCGACCACCCUGCUCGUCCCGCUCCCCCUCGCACGGCUUCGACGAACGGUCUGCACUCCGACGAGCUACAAGACAUCACGGUGAGGGGUGUGAGCAAUGCUUCUCGACAACCGGAUGAACUCAGAGGAGAACUCUCCGAUGUCAAGUAUGAGUUGGUCGUGGCGGGAAAGUCGGACGAAGAGAACCUGUAUCGCAAGGGUAGGGCUCUCCAGACACACCUCACCGGCUACGAGAACCCGAGUACCCUGAUGCUGCUCGGCAAGCGCGAGGUCCAGUUUGUCGUCAUCGCUUCGAAGGCCAAGGUGCCGCAGCCUCCUCUCGAGGCGUCGUCCAGACGAUUGGCGAAGGGAACAAGGUCGGCGUGCUUCCCAAGGACAAGAUGUUGGGCAAGUUCGUCACGGAAUGGCAGAACGUCCUCAAGGAACGGACACGGACUUGACGGGGGUCGACGUUGCGAACGGCGUGUCGACAUUGCUUGCUGUCAAGACUCGGAGGAACUGCAAAACGAGCGCAACGCCGCCAAGAUGAGGAACAAGCUCAUGAGUCACUUCAGCGACGUCAUGUCGGGCUACAUCGACGAGGGCAAGAAGGUCACGCACGAGCAGCUCGGCGAGCAGAUCGAGGCGAAGCUUGAGGACAGCAAGUUUUGGAAGAAUGUCAAGCUGGGCGACGACUUCGAAACCGGCUUUGGCGACUGGUGCUACUCGCCGAUCAUCCAGUCGGGCGGCAAAUGCGACCUCAAGUCGUCCGCCGUCACCGACGACCAGCGCCUCAAAGCGGGCGUCAUCCUCUGCUCGCUCGGAAUGCGCUACAAGUCCUACUGCAGCAACGUCGGACGGACCUUCAUGAUCGACCCGACCAAGGAUCAGGAGGAGAACUACCUCUUCCUCAUCGACCUGCAGAAGUACGCGAUUGGCGAGCUUCGCGACAACGUGACCUGCAAGGACAUCUACCAGAAGGUCGCCGACAAGAUCAACGCCGACAGGCCCGACCUCCUGCAGUACUUCGCCAAGACCGCCGGCUUCGGAAUGGGCAUUGAGUUCCGCGACCCCGCCUACCCGCUCUCGGCGAAGGGGACUCGCCAGCUCAAGAGCGACAUGGUGGUUGCGCUUACGCUCGGCUUCAACAACAUUCCGGAUGGCAAGAACUCCCAAUACGCCCUCUCCCUCAUCGACACCAUCCAAAUCACGAAGGACGGCGGCAAGAUCCUGUCGGAGGGCAUGAAGGGCAAGGACGACGUCAUGUUCUACAUGGAGGAGGAGGACAAGAAGCUGUCGCGUUCCGCCCAGAAGGACGCCCACACCCGCCGCGACGCCGCUCCCACCGCUGUCGUCAAGUCGAAGCUCCGCAACGAAAACCGCGAAAUCGACGCCGACGCCAUCAACCGGCACAAGCAGCAUCAGCGCGAGCUCGCUGCGCGGAGGCAGGAGGAGGGGCUCGACAAGUACUCGGGCGAGGGCGGGACGGGCGGCAGCAACCGCGAGAAGCAGUGGCGCCGUUUCGAGUCCUACGUCAAGGACAGCCAGCUUCCCGAUGCCGUCGCCUCUCGGAAGAUCGUCGUCGAUGCUCGCCGCCUCACCGUCAUCCUCCCCAUCAACGGUUUCGCCGUCCCCUUCCACGUCAACACGCUGAAGAGCUUGGUCGAGCAGGAGGAGGGCGACUACACUGUCCUUCGCUUCCUUUUCACCACGCCCGGCGCGAACUCCGGCAAGAAGGAGGACACACCCUUCGAGGACCCGAAUGCGACCUUCAUCCGCGGCUUGACGUACCGCAGCACCGAUCCGUUCCGCUUCAUCGAGUUGCACAAGGAGAUCAACGAUCUCAAGCGUGCAGCGGACAAGCUCGUCGAUAUCAACGGCAAGCGGCCCAUCCGCCUUACCGAGGUCCAGCUCCGACCGUCCUUCGAUGGCAAGCGGCAAGCGGGUGACGUCGAGAUCCACUCGGACGGUAUCCGCUACCAGUCUCCGGUCAAGUCGGAGCAACGCCUCGAUGUCCUGUCCAGAAACAUCAAGCACCAGUUCCUUCAGCCCUGCCACAACGAGCUCAUCGUCAUCCUCCACAUUCACAUCAAGAGCCCCAUCACGAUCGGCAAGAAGAAGACGAAAGGCCUCGAGUUCUUCCGCCCGGUACCCGACGCGUGUAACAAGAAGCGCAAGGGCGACUACCACAACGAGGACGAGCAGGACGGGUACAAGCGCCGCGCGGACCUCGACAAGCACUUCAAGGCACUCUCCGACGAUAUUGCCGAGGCCUCAAGCGGACGCGGCGAGGGCGAAAUCCUCUUCCGCGAGACCGGCUUCCGAGGUGUCCCCUUCCGCCGCAAUGUCCUCCCCCAGCACACCAGCAAUGUCCUUGUCUUCCUCACCGAACCUCCCUUUCUCGUCCUCACCAUCAGCCAGAUCGAGGUCGCCCAUAUCGAGCACCUCCAGUACGGCUCGGAGAACUUUCCGAUCCAGAAGGACAAGGGCGUCACGAUGAUCUACGCCAUCGACGUCCUCCGCGGUAGCAAGACCCAGAAGAUCGCCGGCGCUGGUCACGACAAGCUCGCGCACGCCGGCAAGGGUUCGAGCAUCGACCGCGGUGACUGCGAGCGGCUCUUCCAGCUCCUCGGGGCCGAGCAGGUCCUCGGCGAGCGAUACGAGCGCAACGGCCUUGGCUUUACCAACGCCUACCUCACGCUUGGUCCGCGCGCUCAGCAGCUUCUCUCGGGUAAGCUCACCGUCCAGAUGGGCUUCACCAAGGGCGGCGAGUCCGGCGGCGGCGGCGGCAAGAAGGGCAAGGCGCCUGCGAAGCAGAAGACCAUCGACGAGUCGUACGACCACGAGUAG